AACCUCCCUCCACUUUCUGCCAAAUAAUCGUUGUAUAUUGGGGUCUGGGGAGGGUAGGAUGUACGCAGACGUUACCCCUAUCUUUGUGGGGUAGGGAAGGAAGGUGUGUUUGAGCUAUAGAAAUUUCGUCAGCUUGCUUGACCACUUAAUUCACCUAGAACUAAAGUCGAAGCUAGGCUAGAACAUCUUCCUCUGUUUCUUAGGAGCAAGUUUGAGUAUCUUCUCUGUACAUGAAAUACACUAUUUUUGGAGUAUCCUGCACGCACACGUCCACAUUUUGAAGAGUCCGAGCAACAUAGGUUUCUACGAGUUUGUGUUCAGAAGUUCAAGUGAUUGGAGAACUAGAUAGACUUGUGCUUAUGUGAAUUUUAAGUCUUAUCAAAGUUCACAGUUGGAUUGUUUAUUUUAUUGCUUUUAUCAAAGAUCUAUUAACUCUCCAAUUAUUUUCAAAUUUUAAGUUAUCUUAUGUUGUUCGUACUUUUCUAUGUAAAGGUGCAUUCUUUUUUCCCAGGAGCUGCUUUUUCUGCAAUCUUCAAGCGCUCUUAUUGAUUAUAUUCCAUCAUCAUGGAUGCUCCGAAUGAACUGAGCUAUAAACCACCCCCAGAAUUUGAGGAGGUCAAAAAGGAUUCAAAUAUCAAUCUUAACUUAACAGACUCAACUGAGCUCUGGCUUAUACAGUGGCCCUUUAAUCAACAUCCAGGUCUCGAUAGGCAAGAAGUUUCUUUGAAGCUCCAUCAUGAUGGGCAUAUGGGCAGCCUUGAGGAUUCAUCUGGUAAAUCAUAUGAUGUGGUCAGUUGUAAAGCGCAGGACCCGGAUGCGGUGGUCUUUCUAUCUUCCGAGUCUGAGCCAAAAAUUGCUGGAAAAAUCUCGCGGCGUGUUUCCCUUAUUCAUUACCCAGAGCCAAGUGAGCUUAAACAGAACAACAUAAACUUGAAGCAUAUGGCUCAGAGGUCAUCUGGUGCUACUACAUUGACCAAUUCGUCUCGUUGUUUUGACGCACACACUCAAAGUACUCGGACAGGGAGUAUCAUGCGAUCAGGGAGUUCAUCCAAAUCUACUAAGAGAAAACACAGUGACGACCCUGCGAAAUCCAAUGGCCAAUCUAUUCAAGAUUCAGGAAAAAGCGGUCUUAGUGCAUUGACCUCUUCAGGGUCCUUUGAUCAAUCUCAAGAUCAAAAAUCAAAGAAGAAAAGGAAAAUUGAUGGUUGAAGUGUUGGCUUAAGUAUUUUUUGCGACUGUUUUACAUUAGUUGUAGAACAAAUAUAUGAGGUUCCCCACUGCUAGUGUGCCUUGCAAUGCUUUUGAAGUAUAAGUUUUGACCUGCUCAUUUUUUAUGAGAUUAAAAAUCUUCCAUAGAGAUGAAAUGCAGGAAACUGGGAAUUUCUUGUGCAAGUGCAUUGAUGAGACCAAUACUUCAUCAAAUAUCCAAUGUCAAAUAUCUUUGUUUUUGUUUUUUUGCGUCUUCAUGUUU